UAAAAAUUCAGAUUAAAAAAACAGAACUAUCCAACUCAUCUCUGUAAUCUAUGUCUAUCAGUGUAUAGUGAUUCCUUUCCUUUGGUAUUUAUAUUCUCUUGUUGAAUCCUUUGUCACUUGAUCAGUAAACUUCCUGUAAUUAGUCUGUGCAUUGGGAUUCAUCUAUGCAUAUAAGCAUGGCUCAAACAGUGGAUGAUGAGUGUGAUUAUCUCUUCAAGGCUGUGCUUGUUGGGGACUCGGGCGUCGGCAAGUCCAACCUCCUCUCUCGCUUCUCCGGUCAGGAUUUCCGGCUGGACAGUAAACCGACCAUCGGCGUUGAGUUCACCAACCGCACGGUCACCAUUGGUGACAAGCUCAUUAAAGCGCAGAUCUGGGACACAGCCGGCCAGGAAAGAUUCAGAGCUAUAACAACAUCUUACUACCGGGGCGCACUCGGGGCGUUGUUGGUGUAUGACAUCACUCAGCGUGCAACCUUCAAGAACGUGGAGAGAUGGCUGAGCGAGCUGCGGCAGCACACAGACCCCGCCAUGGUCGUCAUGCUCAUCGGCAACAAGUCCGAUAUGGAGGAGCAAAGGGCAGUCGGUGUCGAGGAGGGGGCGGGUUUGGCGGAGAAGGAGGACCUCCUCUUCAUAGAGACCUCCGCCCUGAAGAACAUGAACGUCGAGGACGCCUUCAUGCACAUGAUCUCCAAUAUUCACGAGGUAAUCAGCAAGCGCAGGCUGGAGGCGAGGAAGAAGGAAGCCAUUAUUGCUGCUUCCCUGGCAUCCCAGUUCCCGGCUUCCGGCCGGCGGCUACUCAUCAUAGAUGAAGUCACUGCCACCAAAAGACAGAAUUGUUGCGCUUCUUGGUGAAAUUCAUUGCCGGGAUCGAUCAUUUCUCAUUUCCUCGAUCGUGCAAUAUUAAUCAAGUAUAUAGAAUGGGUGGGAUUGAAUUAUUAUCUUGAAAAUGAUCAAAUCUGAGGUCUUUCUUUCUAGUAAAAAGCAGAAAAAAUGUAUUAUGUAGUCUAUGCUGAAAAAGUGGUCGC